AUGAGUUAUUCAAUAAAUCACAACAUUUAUUUUAAUGAAUUUCAUCAAUUAAAUAAUUUUUAUCCUAAUAAAAAAAACAUUAAAAAUAUCAAUAGUUUUAUUUCUAUAUAUAGGAAUAUAUUAUCAAAAAAAAAAUGUAUUUAUGAAACAUCAAGAUGUAAUUUCAAAAGUCGGAAAAAUUUAGAUAGAAGAAAAGACAAUAUUUGUAAAAUAAAAAGAAAAAAAAGGAAAAUAUAUUAUAAUUAUUUAAAAUAUAUAAUUAAUCUAAAUAGGUCAAAUAUAAAAUGUUUAUACCUACAAAAAGCUUUACGUUACUUACAAGGUUAUAAAAAAAAUAUAAGAAAAACUGUCCAAAAUAAUAAAUCAAAGUUUAAAAACAAAGUAUAUUUAUAUAAGAAAUUAUAUAAUUCUAAUAAUAUAAAAACUUAUGAGCUUCUAUAUAAAAAUUCUCAUAAAAAAAAAGUAAACUAUAGAGAAAACUCUGAAAAUUUUAAAAAGGAAGAAAAGGAAUAUGAAAAAGAAUUAUUUACAAAAAAAAAAGUGAACUAUAAUAAGGAUGAUAUUACAUAUAAAAAUAAUGAAAUGAAUUUACAUAGUAGCAUUGAUCAAAACGUGUAUAAAAAUGAAGAAAAAAAUAUACUUAAAAAAAUAGUUGAAAAUAAAGUCAAAAACACAAGUAACAAUGUAAAUCAAAAUUCAUAUAAAAAGAUAGAUCAGAAUAUAUCUAAAAAGGUGGAUCAAAGUACUAAAGAUUUUGAUAAACAAAUAGAGGAAAAAACACAUGAAAAAGGAGAAAUGAAUAUAAAAAUAAAUGAUUUAUUACUAGUAGCACUAUCUGGAUGUAUUCCUUUUGUCUGCUUUGGUUUUGUUGAUAAUUCAUUUAUGAUAAUUGCUGGUGAUCUCUUUGAUUCAACAUUUUGUAUUUUUUUGGGUUUUAGCACAAUGGCUGCAGCAGGCUUAGGAAAUUUAACUAGUGACGUUUUAGGGAUAUUCAUAGGAGGUUACAUUGAAAAAAUAAUUGUUUACAUAGGGUUUCCAAGAAUAAACUUAACAAAUAAGCAACUAAAAAUGAAUAGAACUAGAAGGUAUUAUUAUGUUGGUAGUGCUAUAGGUAUUGCUAUAGGAUGUUUAUUGGGAAUGAUUCCUUUAUUAUUUAUAGAUAAUAACAAAUUAGAAGAAAAAAAAAAUAGACAGAAAAAAAAAAAAUAUAAUAAAUUUCCUAAUGCUAAUAAAAAACUAUUUGAAUUUGUUUCUUCUGAAAUUCCUAAGUGUAUUAAUUCCAAUUAUGCUUUUUUAUUUAUCGUUGAUAAAAAUAAUAAUAAUUUUUACUCUUUCAUUAAUAAUGAAAUUAUUCAUUUAUCAUUGAAUGAAGGUGUUAUUGGUGAAGUUUACCAAAACAAAAAAGCUAUUAACUGUGAUAUUAAUAAUCAGUUAAAAAAUACUAUUUAUUCUUACAAACCUAAUAUUAAAGGAGAAAAUAAAAAUGAUACAAAUGAUAAUAAUCAUAAAGGUGGUUUUUCAGUAAAAGUUAUAGAAAAUACAAAUUUAAUUUUUAAUAAACAAAAAAUUGAUAUUCAGCAGAUUAUAGCAGCACCUAUAUUUGGUUCAGACGAAUCCAUAAUAGGUGUUGUAGUUGUAAUUAAUGUAAAGAAUAAACUUUUUUUUAAUAAUAAGGAUGUUGAAUUUUUAAAUUUAUUUUGUUCUCACAUUUCUCAUGAAAUCGAGGGUGAAAGAAAUCUUUGCAGUGCUUUAAAGUUAUGUAAAAAAAUUGUAUAUGACUAA